AUGGCAACAAUGCAAGAGUGUCCAAGGAGUCCAGAAGCGAAACUUGGGAUGCGAGUUGAGGAUCUAUGGGAUGUUCAAGAGGCACAGUUGAGUCCUACUGAGAAGCUUAACGCUUGUUUUGAAAGCAUCCCUGUUUCUGCUUUUCCUUUACCAUCUUUAAACCAAGAACUUGAAAUAAAAUCAGAUGCUACUUUAGCUGAAGCUGUGGAAAUACUGGCACAUAAUAAUAUUCUGAGUGCACCUGUGGUGGAUGUUGAUGCACCUGAAGAUGCUAGUUGGAUGGAUAGAUAUAUUGGGAUUGUUGAGUUUGCUGGAAUUGUUGUAUGGAUUUUGCAUCAGUCUGAACCUGCAUCUCCUAAGAGUCCAUCAACUCCGACCAGUGCGAGUGCUAUUGCGGCCGCGGCUAACGGGAAUACUUUUGCUCGUGAACUUGAAGCAUUAGGCCUUGGAUCUGCCGCGACAACAUCCGGGGACUUUUUCGAGGAUCUUACUUCUUCUGAACUUUAUAAGAGCACCAAGGUUCAGGAUAUUUCAGGGACGUUCCGAUGGGCUCCGUUUCUUGCUUUGGAGAGAUCAAACUCAUUUCUAACUAUGCUCUUGUUGCUUUCUAAGUACAAGAUGAAGAGUGUUCCUGUUGUAGACUUAGGUGCUGGUAGAAUUAAUAACAUUAUCACACAAGCCGCCGUGAUUCAUAUGGUUGCAGAAUGCGCCGGACUUCAGUGGUUCGAAAAUUGGGGAACCAAGAAACUCUCUGAUGUUGGUCUUCCUCUUGUGUCACCAGAGCAAAUCAUCAAGGUUUAUGAGGAUGAACCGGUACUUCAAGCAUUUAAAGUGAUGAGGAAAGAGAGGAUUGGAGGAGUGCCUGUCAUCAAAAGAGGCGGCAAUAUGCCAGUUGGUAAUAUUAGCUUGAGAGAUGUUCAAUUCUUGCUAACAGCCCCAGAAAUCUAUCACGAUUAUAGGGCUAUUACAGUGAAGGAUUUUAUGACUGCUGUUAGCAGCUACUUAGAGAAGAAUAAAACCCCAUUGAGGUCAUGUGAAUUCCUUACAUGCAAAAGGGACUGUACAGUCAAUGAGUUGAUUCAAUUGCUUGACAGAGAGCAGGUUCAUCGGGUCUACGUUGUGGACGACAACGGGGACCUUGAAGGACUAAUCACACUAAGAGAUAUCAUCUCAAGGCUAGUACAUGAGCCCCGUGGCUAUUUUGGCGAUUUCUUUGACGGUGUUCUCCCACUACCGGCUAACAGCAGGGUUUAA